AUGACAUCUUUAACUUCCUCUAAACUAUGCUUCCUGCCUUAUUGCCUUGUCAUCUUCUUGUAUGUUUCAUCACCAAAUUGGGUUGCUUUUCCUUCUGCUACUUCUACUUCUCAUACUGAAGCAAAGGCUCUUCUCAAAUGGAAAGCCAGCUUAUUUCCAAAUCAAGCCCUCAAUAACCUCACCUGGUACAACCCUCCCACUCAUAAUAUUAAUGCCACCAAUUCUUCCAGCACCAAUCCAAAACCAAGAACAAGCCCAUGCACUUGGACUGGUGUUUCAUGCAACUCAGCUGGAAGUGUUAGAAAGCUAAACCUUUCCACUUAUGGUAUUCAAGGUACGCUACAUGAGUUUUCAUUCUUGUCCUUCCCUAAUCUUGAAUAUCUUAACCUCAGCUUGAACAAAAUCUUUGAUGCCAUCCCACCUCAAAUCAGUUACCUCUCCAAACUCCACCAUCUUGAUCUCUCCCAAAAUCAGUUUUCUGGGAGAAUCCCACCAAAAAUCAGUCUCUUAAGAAAUCUUAGGUUUCUUCAACUCUAUGACAAUAAAUUUGUUGGGAAUAUUCCAAAUGAGAUAGGCAACCUAAAAUCUCUUGUAUAUCUAUCAUUGUCCUGGAACAAUUUAAGUGGUCUCAUCCCUCCAAAUAUUGGUAACUUAAUAAACCUUAACACUUUGUACUUGUAUUCCAAUCAACUUUCUGGUUUGAUUCCCAAGGAGAUAGGGAACUUGAAAUCUCUUGUACAUCUAUUGUUGUUCUCCAACAAUUUAAGUGGUCUCAUCCCUCCAAAUAUUGGCAACUUAAUAAACCUAAACACUUUGUACUUGUAUUCCAAUCAACUUUCUGGUUUGAUUCCCAAGGAGAUAGGGAACUUGAAAUCUCUUGUAAAUCUAGGCUUAAGUGAGAAUCAACUCAAUGGUUCAAUUCCAACCUCAUUUGCUAACUUGAGCAACUUGGAGAUCUUAUUCCUACGCGAUAACCAACUUUCCGGCUCCAUUCCCCAAGAGUUAGAGAAUCUCAAGAAUUUGACAUUACUGCACUUGGAUGCAAACCAAUUGUCUGGUUAUUUGCCCCAAAAUAUCUGCCAAGGUGGAAAACUCACAAACUUGUCAGUAAACACAAACUAUUUGACUGGUCCAAUCCCCAAAAGCUUGAAAAAUUGCACGACCUUGGUGAGAUUCCAUCUUAACCAAAACCAAUUGACAGGUGAUAUAUCUGAAGACUUCGGUGUUUAUCCGAAUCUUGAUUUUAUGAAUAUAAGCCACAACAACUUGUAUGGAGAAAUCUCAUACAACUGGGGACAAUGCCCAAAGCUGAAAACCUUACUAAUGGCAGGAAACAGCCUUACUGGUAGCAUACCACCUGAGAUAGGCAACGCAACCCAAAUUCAUGUGUUGGACCUUUCUUCAAAUCAUUUAGUUGGGUUGAUCCCAAAAGAAUUCGGGAAGUUAUCUUCAUUGUUGAAGUUGAUGUUGAAUGGAAAUCAACUUUCGGGUUGUAUACCGUCGGAAUUCAGAUCAUUGAAUGAUCUUGAAUAUCUUGACUUGUCAACAAACAAAUUCAAUGAGUCAAUUCCGAGCAUUCUAGGUGACUUGUCCAAAUUGCACUACUUGAAUUUGAGCAACAACAAGUUGGCUCAACCAAUUCCAUCUAAGUUGAGGACGUUAGUUCAAUUGAAUGAUUUGGAUUUAAGUCAUAACUCACUUGAAGGUAGCAUACCAUCAGUAUUGAGCAAUAUGAAGAGUUUGAUGAUGCUCAAUCUUUCCCACAACAAUCUUUCGGGUUCCAUACCAUCAAGUUUCGAAGAGAUGCACGGCUUGUCGUCCGUUGACAUAUCCUACAAUCACUUGGAAGGUCCCCUUCCCAACAUCAGUGCAUUUCGAGAAGCUCCGCCAGAAAGAUUGAAAGGGAACAAAGGAUUGUGUGGCAAAGUUGGAGCUCUACUACCACCCUGCAAUGCACAUGGCUUAAAAAAGGACCACAAGGUCAUAUUCUCUCUUCUAGCGGCAUUUGUACUUCUAUCUGCUCUCUUUACAAUUGUCUUUGUAAUAGUGCAAAGAAAGAAGAAGCAUCAAGAUACUAAACAAAACCACAUGCAUGGAGAGAUUUCCUUUUCGGUUUUAAAUUUUAAUGGAAAAUCAAUGUAUGAGGAAAUCAUAAGGGCAACAGAAGAUUUUGAUUCCACAUAUUGCAUUGGGAAGGGAGGACAUGGAAGUGUCUACAUAGUGAAUUUGUCAUCUGGAGAUGUAGUGGCCGUGAAGAAAUUCCAUCUGCUAUGGGAUGGCGAGAUAGAAUUUCAGAAGGAGUUCUUGAAUGAAGUAAGGGCACUCAGUGAGAUAAGACAUCGGAAUAUUGUGAAGCUCUAUGGUUUCUGCAUACAUAAACAACACUCGUUUUUGGUGUAUGAGUAUCUUGAAAAAGGUAGCUUGGCCGCAAUGUUGAGCAAAGAUGAAGAAGCUAAAGAGUUGGGGUGGAGUAUAAGGGUGAAUAUUGUUAAAGGUGUAGCUCAUGCCUUGUCUUACAUGCAUCACGAUUGCUUGCCACCGAUUGUACAUCGUGACAUCUCAAGCAAGAACAUUUUGUUGGAUUCUGAAUAUGAGGCAUGUGUUUCAGACUUUGGCACAACUAAGUUUUUAAAUCCAGACUCAACUAAUUGGACUGCGGCUGCAGGCACAUAUGGCUACAUGGCACCAGAGCUUGCUUACACAAUGGAAGUGAAUGAGAACUGCGAUGUUUAUAGCUUUGGUGUGGUCACUUUGGAAAUAAUUAUGGGAAAGCAUCCUGGAGAUCUUUUCUCGUCUUUCUCAUUAAUCUCUUCAUCCUCCUCCUCCUCAUCAUCAUCUGCAUUACCACCCCAUCAAAUACCAAUUGUGGAUGUUUUGGACCAACGCAUUUCCCCUCCUACGCAUCAAGUUGCAAGUGAAGUGGUCUCUCUUGUGAAGAUAGCCUUUUCAUGCUUGAAUUCUAGCCCGAAAUCUCGUCCAACAAUGAAACAAGUUUCUCAUUUCCUCUCAACUCAGAUGCUGCAUUUGUCGAAGCCAGUACAUAUGAUGAAAUGUGGUGAAUUGCUUGCUCUUGAUCCUUUGGCUACCUGAUCAGAACAUGCUUCUUUGCUACACACAUUUCACUUUCUCUG